UACGAAUAACACAACAAAUCACAGUUCUAUGACUGGUGUGACGUGAAGAUGGGCAUAUUAAGAAGAGCUCAAGAACAACCCUAUUUAGGGUGUUUCUGUGAAACAGAACUUUAUUUCAAUAAUUAUACUCCUCUGGGUGUAGGCAUUUCUGCUUCCCAUUGGAGACAGUCAUUCAGCCUCAAUGGCCUUUCAGGAUCUCUUGAAUCAAGCUGGAAGUAUGGGGAGAUACCAGAUCCUUCAGAUGGCUUUCCUUCUGAUGUGCAAUAUCAUGGUGGCUCCUCAUACUCUUUUGGAGAACUUUACUGCAGCCAUCCCCGGUCAUCGCUGCUGGGUCCACAUCCUUGACAAUGACACUGUCUCUGACAGUGACAGUGGAACCCUGAGCCAAGAUGACCUCCUGAGGAUCUCCAUCCCUCUGGACUCCAACCUGAGGCCAGACAAGUGCCGUCGCUUUGUCCAACCACAGUGGCAUCUGCUUCAUCUGAAUGGCACCUUCUCCAAUGUGACAGAGCCAGACACAGAGCCCUGUGUGGAUGGCUGGGUAUACGACCAAAGCACCUUCCUCUCCACCACUGUGACUGAGUGGGACCUGGUGUGUGGAUCUCAGGUACUGGGUUCAGUGGCUAAAUUCGUAUUCAUGAUUGGAAUUUUGGUAGGAGCUUUCCUUGGUGGCCAUUUAUCAGACAGGUUUGGGAGGAAGUUAAUAUUCACAUGUACUUUACUUCCAAUGGCCAUCACUGGGACCUGUGCAGCUUUGGCUCCCACCUUCUUCAUCUACUGCUUACUUCACUUCCUGAAAGGGGCUUGUGUCCCAAUCAUAUACAUGAAUACUGUUUUGCUCAUGAUAGAAUGGACAAGCCCUAAAGUCAAAGCCUUGGUGACAACCUUGACAAUAUGUUCUUCCAGUUUGGGAGUCAUAGUAAUGACAGGCCUGGCAUUUGCAUUUCGAAACUGGCACCACCUCCAGCUGGUAAUGUCCGUGCCAAUAUUUUUCUUCCUUAUACCCACAAGGUGGCUGUCAGAGUCAGCUAGGUGGCUGAUUGUGACCAACAAACCCCAGAAGGGUAUACAGGAACUUAGAAGAGUUGCAUGUAAGAAUGGAGUGAAAAAUUCUGGAGAUACCCUAACCAUUGAGAUUUACAACAGCAAUCCCUGUAUUUGGCUUCAACAUCCAUCUCCAACACCUGAAGAGUAAUGUCUUCCUAAUGCAAUGUCUCUCUGCUGUAAUGUCCAUCCCAGCCUGUGUUGCUUCAGUGUUUUUACUGAACCACAUUGGCCGUAGACUAAGUCAA